AACCAAACACCACCACCACCCACCACCAUCACAGUCCCCGCCUACAGGCGGCCACUGGGAAUGUAGCAGCGAGCUCAACUAAAUACAUCGAGAGCAGGGCGCCUUGAUGGAGGAGUCGGAUUCAAUCAAGUGGGGGGGCGCCCCGAGCACGCCGCGCGACGGCCGCGUCUAUUACCAGGCGGUGCGCGUCAACUCCACGCCCGAGCGUUCGCUGAGCGUGGGCCACUUCUACGCGGUGCGCUGGGACGCCACGGGCCCCGUCUGCCUGGCCCAGCUGCUGCUGCUGUGGAGGCCAGCGGAGGCCCAUGGUAGAGGCCCCGCAGGAGAGGCUGGCGAGGCCGUCGCCAGUGCCCGCCUCUACUUCCUGCCUGAGGACACGCCGCAGGGCCGCAACAGCCAGCACGGACAGGACGAGCUUAUAGCGGCCGAGGAGGACGUGGCGCUAGGCCUGCUGGAGCUCGUGCGGUGGGUGUCCUACGCCGAGCCCUGCGGCUGGACGCGUGGGCUGGUGGCGCCUGGCGCCGACGUCCCCCGCCCCACGCCGACGUCGCCGCCGACUUCGCCGCCGACGUCGCCGCCGCCGCCGCCGCGAGACCCCGACCCGCUGGGCCACGCGGCGUCCCAGCGCGCCAAGCGGGGCCGCUCGGGCACGCGGGAGCAGCCUGCCCGCGGCGCCGUCGGCACGCGCAGCCAGAGCGCCGCCACCGCCCAGAGCGCCGCCACCGCCCAGAGCGCCGUCACCGCCCAGAGCGCCGCCACCGCCCAGAGCGCCGUCACCGCCCAGAGCGCCGCCACCGCCCAGAGCGCCGUCACCGCCCAGAGCGCCGCCGCCGCCCAGAGCGCCGCCGCCACCCAGAGCGCCGCCACCGCCCAGAGCGCCGUCACCGCCCAGAGCGCCGUCACCGCCCAGAGCGCCGCGGCCGGCGAGGCGCAGGACGCCGACAAGGACUGCGACUGCGCGGAGCCGCCAGCAGCCCCUACUGCGGAGGUAGCGGCGGCGGAGCAGCCGGCUCCCGACGUGGUGGUGCUGAGCUAUCCGCGCUACUGCCGCUACCGCGCGCUGCUGGGACGUCUGGCGGGCGAAACGGCGCCGGUGGCGACGGCAUCGGCGGCCGCCGCGUGGGCGGCACACCCCACGCUGCGUGCCCUCGCCGGCGGGGUGGCCCUCCCCAAGUCAGGCUCGCGGGUCCUCUUCUGCCGACAGACCUUCAACCACUCGAGCCUGGCACGCAUCCCCACCGCCGCCAGCGCCGUGCUGCUCCAGCCCGGGCUGACGCUGGGGCGCACGCGAAGGAGAGGGAUUCGCAGCACGCUGCCGUGCAUCAAAGCCGUCACCACCUCAUCCUCCUCUUCGUCCUCCUCCUCAUCUUCCUCCUCCGUCGGCUCCACCUCCAGCACCGUUGCUGCCGCCUCCGCUGCCGCCAUAAUUUCAGCCCAGUCCGAGGGCCGGACUGAGGCGACCUCUCGAGGAGAGGGCUCACUGGAGAACAAGGCCACGUCAGCUGCCAUGGAGCCUCUGGUUAAGGACCCCCAGUCGAACGCGGCCGCCGCUAACGCCAAGCCCACGACCGUGGCCAAGGCCUCGCCAGUGGACGUGGUGGUGGCGGCGGCGGCGGCGCGGCACAGAGACGGCUCGGCGGAGAGCGGCGCGGGCCAGGACGGCGACAGCGAGAAGGCGUUCCUGGACGCCAUCUACAAGUUCAUGCGUGAGCGCGGAACGCCCAUCGAACGCCUGCCGCACCUGGGCUUCAAGCAGAUUAACCUUUGGAUUAUGUUCAAGACAACACAACAGCUUGGAGGAUAUGAUUCUGUGACCACACAACGGCUGUGGAAGGUGGUGUACGAUGAGCUGGGGGGCGACUCGGGGAGCACCAGCGCCGCCACCUGCACCCGCCGCCACUACGAGAGGCUGAUCCUGCCGUACGAGCGCUACGUGCGGGGGGAGGAGGACCGGCCGCCGCCUCCGCCGCGGCCCCGCAAGCGGCACGGCACGGGCAAGGAGGGCGACGCCGCCGCCGACGGCAGCGCGGCGCUCACGUCGGGGGGGGACGACGACGACGGCGGCGGCAAGGGGGGCUGUGGCCAAGAGAAGAGAAGCAAAAAGGACUCGGCCCAAGGCAACGGCAAGAAGCUGUUGUCCAGCAAAGGGCGACUCAAGCCUGAGGAUCCACAGAAGCCCGAACUCACGGCCACCGCCAAGAACGGGAACCUGAAGCUGAGGACAGUGCUGUCGGUCAUCCCCACCACGCAGGCGCCUCCGUCUCAAAUCAAGAAGAACGCGCCCAUCGCCAUCGAGCUCAAGCCGCUCCUGGACCCCGAACUGGGCCACAUCACGCUCAUCAACUGCCAGCUCAAAGACUCGAUGCCCGCUCAGCAGAAGAGCUACCUGGACUACAUGAGCAAGCAGAUGUCGGAGCCCGCCUACCGCCACUUCCUCGAGCUCUCCAAGGCCAACAACGGGGUAUCUCGCCCAGUCAGCGCGGACGAGGCACGAUCGUCCACGGUCCGCGUGCCCCUGCCCUCGCCGCUGGCCCUGAUGGGCACCCGCCACGACGGGGUGUUCUUGCUCAACCGCCCCCACGCCGGACUCGGCGCGGUGGCGGAAGCCAGGGCCGCUUCGAACGCCGACGAGAAGCCGCUGGACCUGAGCGUCAAGAAGACGGAUGCGACGAGGGUGAUGGCGGUGGCCGCGGUGGUGGCGGUGGUCGGGGGGGGUGCCCCCGCGGUGCCCGUGUGUCUCAAGAAAACGCCCGACGUAAGCCCCGCCCGCUGCCAGGGUUCGGAAACCCAACGUGCUCGGGAAAGACAGGGGUGCUCGGGAUCCCCACCGUCGCCUCCGGAACACAAAGUGGAGGCCGUGCAGCCUUUGUGCCCCUCUCUUGAGACACCGAGCACAUCAAGAGAAGGGGGUGCGACGGCGAGACGAUGUUCCAUGCCUACGGGGGUCCCAGCCAGGCUGGCAAACUUUCACACCGUCAACGGGCUCUUGAAGCCGUCACAGUGGAUGGAGACACCGAGGCGCCACUCGGCGCACGCCGCGAGCGUGAUGGCUUUGGACCUGAGCUCGUCCAUGAGAGGAGAUGAGCAGCGGCCGGUGUGCCUGCCAAUUGAUCUCUCGCAUAACCCAGGUUCACGUGAAGCCAAGGAUGGCACAAACUGCUUUGGCUCGUCUCUGUUGGCUCUGGAUCAUAACGGGUCAUGCGCUGCUGGCGCUAGCGGCCAGCAGGCAACCAGGGCGCGAGAGCACGGUCGGGCUGUGGGAGACGCCGUCGUUACGUCUCUCUCGCCGCAGGUGAGCCACCACAACUUUCGCUACGGCUCGCCGAGCCCUGCACCGCAGCACAUGCAGAACCAUUAUUCCAGCCCAGGGCAGCAGAAGUGCUGGGAGAUCACAAGAUGUACAGCCACGUCCUUGUUCCAGCAGCAGCAGCAGCAGCAGCUUCAUGUGAAACCUGAAAAAGCUGGGGAAGGACAAAUUGGCAAUAGCACGGUCGCGCCUGCAAACAGGGUGAACAAGGUGAUACCGUACACCAAGGUGGAAGCCCGCAAGGAGCGGCACGAGGACGACGGGAAGCCCGCGGCCUCGUAUCCCGCGAGGACAGCCGAGGGCGAGCCGCCGCACAAGCAGCCGACGCGACGCCCGCCAUCCCCGCCGGCGCCGGCGCCGCCGCCGCCGCUCGCGAGCCACGGCCACGAGGAGCCGGCGUCGUGCCGCGCGCCCGAGCCUCGGGCGUUCUCCGUGACGGCCGGGGGCCGGCCGUUCCUGUCGCCGCCGCCGCCGCCGCCGCCGCCGCCUCCGCUCUACCUGGCGCACCCGGAAGGGCUGAGCGCUCGCGUGCACGCCGAUCAGGGCACGCAGUCGCGGCUGCCGCUGCACGCUCACCAGCAGCACCACCACCAGCAGCAGCAGCAGCACCAGCACCACCAGCAGCAGCAGCAGCAGCAACAACGGCAGCAGCAGGCCGCGCACUCGGUGUUUGGAGCGGGCCUGCAGGGCUACUCGCAGUCGGCGGUGCACGUGUACGGAGCUCUGCCGCGCAUGUCCUUCCUGCCCGUGGGGGCUUACGGUGGAAGUGGCGGCGGGGGAGCACAGGCGGCCAUUUAUCCAUACCUCCCCGAAAGCAUCUGUGCCGCGAUGGGACUGAGAGCGACGCACCCCAGGACCAACAUUUGAGUGCACGCGGUGGGGGGGGGGGAUGUGGGGGGGGGGUGUCCGCCCUGGCACAUGCACGCCGGUACAGAUUGUGCACUAAGUUAUUUAGAUCCUUGAACGUACGUAUGUGUGUAUGUAGAACUUAUUUCGCGCACCGUACUUAGCCGGUCGUGCUACGUACGGUUUUGCAGCGGAUUUUUUUUUUCUAUUGCUGUUGUUAUUCUUGUAAAAUUUAAGUACGCUACUUACAUUUUACAAAGUAAUAUCUUCCAAAAAAGGUUGGAAAAUGUUGCGUAUUUUUUUUGUUACGGUCAAAGAUCUAAUCACUGUAAUUACAGUCAACGCAAAUUCUGUAAUUCUAACUGGAAUAAUGAAAUGUUUCAUUUGUUUAUUUUCUUCUGGUGUGGCCUGUCUGGUGAGCGAAAAGCGACAACGUUCACCGAGGACUUCACAUCGUGCGCCGUGUCUCAGUCGCGCGCAGGCAGUCCAUAUCGGCAGGUUUCACGAUACUGUACAGUUACAAUGAAAACAAAACUGCUAAUGAUAAGAUGCUGGGAUUUUUUGAAAUCAAAUAAUUUGCAUAUGGUUUUGGCUUUUUACCAUUAUUAAUGUGAUGAUGACAACAACCUGUUUGAAUACAUGUAUAUUUAGUUUAUUUUAGGCAGUGUUUUUGUGUACUUUGUACUGAACGGUGACUCAUGCGCGCAGGUAUAAUGGUACACCGAUAAACGGACUUUUUAACGUAAAAUCAAUCUUCAUCCACUUUCAAGAAAAGGAAAAUAAAAACCAAUUCUUGGAUGUGGACAUGUGUAUAAAAUAAAAAUUGCAACCUCGUUAUUUUCAUUCUCACAUUCAAGUGCCUACACUGUAAAACUUGCCAAGGGGUGUGAAGUCCUUCAAACGAGGGCAUCCGAAACCUUGUGAAGCCGUCUUUUGUAUAAAGCUCCACGUGUUUUGGGCCUAGCUCAUCGAGUGCUGCGCCCGCUUUCCAUGGCCCGGCAGUUGCGACGCCGACUGCCAGUGGCCGUGGAGGUCGCAGGGUCCUUGCUAAGGGUCCCCACCCCGAGUACGGUGGUUCUUAUACCUCGUCGUCGCCCACACUAACCCCCACGCGUUGUAAUAUACUGUAAAUGAGACCGUCAGAGCAGGGAUUUUUCUGAAUGUGUGAACACUAUAGCCCCCCACCCCCUCCUGAUUCCCCCACUACAGCUCCCUUGCACAGUUGCGCGCGUUGGCACAACAGCGCUGUGGUCACGCUGCCGUAUUCCGUUUGCGCGUACGCGUCCGCGCCGUCCGCCUGCCGUUCGUAGUUGCAUUCGUAUAAUCACUCGUUUGGCCACCUCCUGGGGUUUGUGGCACGUGUCGCUGGCUUAGCCACCAAUGUUAAACACGUUAUGGCUGUAACUGCCCAACGCAAUAGGCUGGCGCAUCAUCCUUUCACGUUUCCAGACUGCGUAAUCCGUGGAGCCCACACAAGAAUAUCCAAGAAUCGCACCGCGGUGUAAACGCAGGCGUUAUAAUCAUGUAUGAUAAUUGAGCUGCGAGGCAUAGAGCGUAGUAAGCACUCUUGUGUCCAUAUUGUGUUCAACAAAAGACUUCCAUGAAAUGAAAAGUUAUAACCGGUCUACCCGUGAAUAGGGCAUCAUAAAACCCUGAUGGAAUAUUUUAUUUUCUCUCUAUACAGUGUGCCGGCUACUAUUGGCAUUGAUUAACUGGCCUUGUGUUAAGUGUAUUUAUUGACUUUCUUGAAUAAAUGUACCACUAUUAAAUAUAUCUUCCGCCAAUCUUAGCUGUGUGGGUGCAAAACAGUGUUUUGAGAUUUUUAAAAAAAAUACAAUUAAAUCGCAUACAAAUAUUAAAGUAAUGAUUUUACACAUCAUUGCAUUUGCGUUAUUUUGAAGCGUGAGGAUUUAAGUUUGAGCUGGGAAGGGUGUUUUCAUAAUCCUUAAUUCUUCUGCAAUUGAUUUGUUAUUUUUCUCUUUUACACACUCUUCCUUAGGUCUGUGGUUUGCGUCUUAAAGUUGACCCAUAACAUGAAUUGUGGCCUGCAAUGUGUGUAAGCCCUUCUCAGCAUUGUUUAAAUUCUUGAAUUGUCAAAAUAAAUGCCAAAAUAAUUACUUGUAUUUACAGGAAGCAAAUGUUUACUGGUUUAACAAAUACUGAUAAAACACGGUGAUUUCAUGAACUUCUAAUUUAUAGCAGAACUUUAGCAUAAUUUUGUCUAGCUUUAGUUAAAGAGUCGAUAUAAAACAUAAUUAUCCUUCAGAAAUUCAAAUACUUUAUUGCUGUAUUUAUUUAAGGCUUGUUAAGCUUGACUUAAUUGUGUUUUUUUAAGGUGGCUGUUUUAAGUCGGCAGACUUCUUGGUAUGCAUGCAUUUAACCACCAAUUCUGAUAAAGAAUACGUUGAUUCAAGCUUUGAAAUAAAGGUACAUAAUUAAAUUCCACGUGCAUGCAUACCAACGGGCCUUGUAGAGCAACAUAUAUCUGCUUAAUCGUAAUGGUUUGUGCUUAACGAAUUAUUUAUUUGUCUCAUCAAGCCACUGUGAACAUGCUCGGUUUUUUUAUUAUUAUUUUCUACACAACUGUUAUAUAAACUUACGUAGUACAUUGGACAAAACAUGUUUUCCUUAUAUGAUAAAACAGUAUGGUUGGAUUUCAUCCAGGUUUAAGCCUAUAACAUGUAUCUUAUCAAGGGCUCUGUAAUGUUGUCUCAAUAAAUAAGACAAAUGGCCAUCCCCGAGUACAGUA